CCUCCCGUGGCGGGCCCGGGCAAAGAAUACCCAAGCCCGCCCCCCUCCCCUCUCCGCAGAGGCCCCCAGUACCGGGCCAGCCCCCCGGCUGACGGCAUGAGCGUCUACAGAUCCCAGUCUGGCUCGCCUGUGCGCUACCCACAGGACGCGGGCGUCGGCCAGCUUCCAGGCAGGCCCAAGUCUCCCCUGUCCAAGAUGGCCCAGCGGCCCUACCAGAUGCCUCCGCUGCCCGUGGCAGUUCCCCAGCAGGGGCUCCGGCUGCAGCCUGCCAAGGCCCAGAUAGUGAGGAGCAGCCAGCCCAGCUCAGCCAUCCACUCAAGCACGGUCAUCCCCACCGGCACCUACGGCCAAGUGGCCCACUCCAUGGCUAGUAAGUACCAGGCUUCACAGGGAGACCUGGGAGCCAGUCAAGGCCGGCUGGUGUACCAAGGGUCCGCCGGGGGUCUUGUCGGCGACGGGAGGCCUGUGCAACACGUCCAGGCCAGCCUGAGCGCAGGUGCCAUCUGCCAGCACGGAGGGCUGGCCAAGGAGGAUCUUCCGCAGCGACCUUCCUCGGCCUACCGCGGGGGCGUGAGGUACAGCCAGACGCCGCAGAUCGGGCGCAGCCAGUCGGCCUCCUACUACCCCAUGUGCCACUCGAAGCUCGAGCUGGAGCGCUCUU